UCACGCAACUUCUCCCACUACUCACGCUACUACCCCUGCCCUAGGCCACGUCCAACAGCCUCCCCCAAUCCGUCCUUUGGCUUCGCUGGCGACGACGGAGGCUGGUGAAGGCAGGAAUUGGUGAGCGCUCCAAUUCGGGGAUUGGCGGAGGCUGGUGCGCGCCACGGCAGGAAUUGGCGGCGGCUGGUGCGCGCCAGUUCGAGGAAUCAGCUGCAGCUCACAGAGGACGCACGGCGUGUGUUUCCUUGCCCUCGGUUCGGACAUGGCUAGGGGUAUGAGAAAGUGCAUCAUUCAAAGCCAAGAAGAGUAUUUGGUAGAGGAGCCUAUUGGGGAAACAAGUCAUCGGCCACGAGAUGCAGCAUAUGACCACCAUCCUUCUGCUAGAGAACGCCAAAAAGAAAGCGACAAUGGUAAUGAGUUCAAUGACCUAGAUCAUCAUAAAAAAGAUACAACAUCUUUUGAGACUACUUCUGGAGUGUACCCUUCUCCUGAUGAUGCGGAUAUAGAGGAUUCUGUUGAAGGUCAAACUAAUGAAGCAAUAAGUCGUGGUCCGAACAAACUUAAACAUGUUUGGAACCUUCAAAAAGGAAAACGAAUUGUAGUUAACUGUAACGAGCUCGGCCAACCUAUUGGAGAGGAGGCAGGAGUCUUAGGAAAAUUCCUUGGCAUGGUUGCUAGGAAUGGCUGCUUAUGUAGCUUAAGCUUCAAAGAUUGGAGAUUACUGAUAGGAAAGAAGGACAAGAACAAUGAACAAAAAAACAAGCAAGAUGUACUGAAGCAAGUAAAGAUGAGAUUCCUAUACCCUGCCCGCAUGGAAAAGUGGAUACUUCGAACUAUUGGUGAGAGAUGGAGACAACACAAGUCCAAUCUAAAAUCCUUACAUUUUUGAUGCGCAUAGGAGCAAGGAAAAUAAUCUAAAAAAUGUUCCAAAAGGCGUCUUAGAUGAUCAAUGGGUCGCUCUUGUGAAUAAUUGGUUUACAACAAAAUCACAGGAUAUCAGUGAGGCAAAUAGGAUAAACUGCGCAAAAAGGAAGGCGACCCAUACAUCAGGAACAAAGAGUUUUGCUCGGAACAGGGAAGAUAUGAGAGAACAAGAUCCAGAAAAGAAAUACCCCCAUAGGGUUGUAUUGUAUAUCAAUACACACAAGAGUAACAUCACAAAGAACACAAACCCACAUGUGGUUGCGUUGAAGGAACUAUUAGUGCAAGAACCAAGUUUAGCUGACACUAGUCAUGGAAAGGUUGCAUGGAAAGGAGAUGCGCUUAGCCAAAUUUUAGGAGAAGAGAAGCCUGGCCAUAUCCAUGGUAUUGGCCUUGUUCCGAAUCCAGAUCAAGUGUUUGGUGGAUCAACUUCAAGGCAUCUAAAACAUCUUAAUUUAACCUCUUUGGAUGCAACAUCAAGUGAAGAUGUAGUAUCUCUUCGACUUCAAGUGGAAAAACUUAUAGAUCGUGUCCAGAAGCAAGAUGAUACUAUACUAAAUUUGCAAAAUACCUUGGAACUGCAAAAAAGUCACCAUGAAUGUCUAGAUGAACCUUUGUCGGCAUCAAAAGAUCUUCAGCCGACUAUGAAUCAAAAAGUUAAUCUUCUUGAUGAACUGAAUAGCACAAUGGCGGAUGAAAUCAAACAUGAUGGGUACGAGGAGCUGCAGGCCCAGUGCAAAAAAUCUAAAAUUCAAGAAAAGGGCAAGCCACCAAUGCCACGAGGAGGACUCCAAGGUGGUAGAGUUUCUACAUCGUUAAAUGUAAAAAAUAGAAGUAAUGCAGCCAAGGUGAUGAACCAGGACACUGCUCGAAAUUCCUCUAAUCAUGAACCAUACAAGAACAAGGGUUCUCUAGAAAAUUAUUUGCCAAGUACUAAAGACGAUCAGUCUACAUCAAAACGAAAACGAGUAUAUGGUCAAUUUCAAAGUGAGGAAUUUUGGACACUUGACGAAAAUCAUGAGACGAUCAAGCCACUACGAGGAGACACAUUACAACCUAGUAGGAUUUCAACAGGACUGAAGGUCACUUUUUUCUAUUUCCCUAUCUUACAUCAUUUAUAACCAUGCUUAAAGAAA